CACGACCCGGCGGGAGAGGAUGGCGGCUAGGCUGUUGCUGUAAAGGCAGCCCCGGGGAGCAGCGGCGUGCAGAGGAGGAAGCCAGCCGGCACUUGGCGGGAAGCGAAAGAGGGGGGAAGAGAUGGCUAACGAGUCGCUUCAGAGUGAUCCAGGCAACUGGUCAGUGCUGGAGCACCUGGGCCUGGACCAGAGCUCAGAUUUGUCAGACACCAGCGUGCAGCAAAGGUUGGAUGAAGAAAAGGAGAAGAUUAAGCGUGAGAUUCGCAAAGAGCUGAAGAUAAAGGAGGGAGCAGAGAACUUGCGCAAGGCUACCACAGAUCGUAAGAAUCUCUCCAACGUGGAGAAUUUGCUCAAGAACUCCAACCGCAAGCUGGAGACAUUGCACCACCAACUGCAGAAUCUCAAUGCCCAUAUUGUCGUCAAAGACCCUGAAGAGCUGGGGGAUGCCCCACAGUCGCCUGGCAGCCUGAGCCGGUCAACCGCGACCAAAAACCGCAUUGCUGGCCUGGAGAAGCAGCUCAAUAUUGAGCUGAAGGUGAAGCAGGGAGCGGAGAACAUGAUCCAGAUGUACGCCAAUGGUGCUGCCAAGGAUCGGAAGCUGCUGCAGACAGCCCAGCAGAUGCUACAGGACAGCAAGACCAAGAUCAAUAUAAUCCGCAUGCAGAUCCGCAAGGCUGUGCAGGCUGACGAGGUGCAGCUGAAUAUGGAGGAUGGGCAAGGUAACACUGAUCUGAGUGCCAUAGAGUUGAGGAUCGAGGAGCUGCGACAUCACUUCCGGGUGGAGCAUGCUGUAUCUGAGGGUGCCAAGAACGUUCUGCGACUUCUAGGCUCCAGCAAAGUUCAGGACCGCCACGCCAUCUCCGAGGCACAAACAAAGCUGAACGAAUCAAGCCAGAAGCUGGACCUUUUGCGGCACUCUCUGGAACAGCGUCUGGCUGAGCUGCCUGAAGAUCAUCCGAAGGGCUGCAUCAUCAAGGAGGAGCUCAUCAUAGCCUCUUCUCCUGCCUACAGUGUCCGCAAUAACAGUUCCUACCAACACAACCAGUACAACACCCUCUCAAAGCCUUCUCCACUCACAGGGACACUGGAAGUACAGUUGUUGGGCUGCAGUGGAUUGUUGGAGCUCGUCCCAGGACGCACCCGUGGGUCCACCGUCUCUUUGCCUUGCAACAGCCCUGGGGAAGCACGGCCCUCAUUCAUGAGCCGCAGCGGGCGAGGGCUGUACAGCCGAAGUGGUAGCGUAAGCGGCAGGACCACCAUCAAAUCUGAAGAUAACAGCAAUGAGGUGAGCGCUGUACUGAAGCUGGACAAUGGAGUUGUAGGCCAGACAGCCUGGAAGUCCAGUGGCCUACAAGCCUGGAACCAGACUUUCACAGUGGAGCUGGAGAGGGCAAGAGAGCUGGAGAUCGGUGUAUACUGGCGAGAUUACCGCACACUCUGUGCCCUGAAAUACCUCAAGCUGGAGGAUUUCCUUGAUAACCAGCGCCAUGAAAUCCACCUGGAGUUGGAGCCGCAGGGCACUCUUUUGGCAGAGGUUACCUUUUUCAACCCUGUCAUUGAGCGCAUACCCAAACUCCAGCGACAGAAGAAGAUCUUCUCCAAGCAGCAAGGGAAGGCUUUCCUGCGUGCCCGCCAGAUGAACAUUGAUAUUGCCACCUGGGUGCGCCUCCUGCGACGCAUCAUCCCCACUGCCAACACCACAGGCACUUACAGCCCCUCAACACAGAUGCCUCCAACAUCUGGCUCAGAAAGAAGGCACAGUCUCAACUCUGGGGACAUUGCCAUUGAGAAGCUGAGCUUGGAAGGGGAUCGAGUACAAAUCGAACAGGUGGGCCAGGAUGACAGUGAACUCCCUGGGAAGGUCUUAUUGACCUCACAAGCAGGGGAGGAGAUUCCUUUCCAGGUGGAGCUGGGCCCAGGAGGUGAGGCCAGAGGAUCUGAGGGGAGUUUUCACAGCAGCCACCUGAGGAAAACACCUCUCGCUAUGGAUGAUUUUCGUUUUGUAGCUGUGCUGGGACGUGGUCACUUUGGUAAAGUGCUGUUGUCUGAGUUACACCGAACAGGGGAGCUAUUUGCUAUUAAAGCCUUGAAGAAGGGUGACAUUGUUGCAAGGGAUGAGGUGGAGAGCCUGAUGUGUGAAAAACGGAUCUUUGAGAUUGUGACCCAUGCACGGCACCCCUUCCUAGUGAACCUCUUUGCCUGUUUCCAGACACCCCAGCAUGUCUGUUUUGUCAUGGAGUACACAGCAGGUGGAGACCUCAUGAUGCACAUCCACACGGAUGUAUUCUCAGAGCCACGUGCCACAUUUUACGCUGCGUGUGUUGUUCUGGGGCUACAAUUUCUUCACGACCACAAAAUUGUAUACAGGGAUCUGAAGCUGGAUAACUUAUUGCUGGACACAGACGGUUUUGUGAAGAUUGCAGACUUUGGCCUCUGCAAGGAAGGAAUGGGCUAUGCUGAGCGCACCAGCACCUUCUGUGGGACGCCAGAGUUCCUGGCUCCUGAAGUGCUGACAGAUACAUCAUACACAAGAGCAGUGGACUGGUGGGGCUUAGGUGUACUUAUCUAUGAGAUGCUGGUGGGGGAGUCACCGUUCCCUGGAGAUGAUGAAGAGGAGGUAUUUGACAGCAUUGUCAAUGACGAGGUGCGCUACCCGCGCUUCCUGUCCACAGAGGCCAUUGGCAUCAUGCGCCGGUUGUUGCGGCGGAACCCAGAAAGGCGCCUGGGCUCCAGCGAGCGAGAUGCGGAAGAUGUGAAGAAGCAGCCAUUCUUCAGGAGCAUCGACUGGGAAGCCCUGCUGGCUCGUAAAAUCAAGCCACCCUUUGUGCCCGUAAUCAAGGGCCGUGAAGACAUCAGCAACUUUGAUGAGGAGUUCACAGCUGAAACAGCUAUGCUGACCCCACCCCGCGAAGCGCGGCCCCUCACUCAAAAGGAGCAGGAUACCUUCAAGGACUUUGACUAUGUUUCUAAUGCCUGCUAGCUCUGGGAGCGGGGGGCAGCCAGAUCCCCCUAACACUGCCAGCCGCAUAGGGCAGGGUUCUGUUCCACCAGUGACUCAGAUGCUUACUAGCCCUGCCUGCUAGCUCCAGGAGUGGAGCUGGGAAAGCCCAGCCACACUGCCAACCUCAUGGGGGUAGAGUAAUGUCCACCAACAUAUGCCAGCUCUGGGAUUAGACAGGGAAAGCCCCAGAAAUAUUUCUGCACCCUACAAAACACAAUAUCAUUCAUGCAGAAACUUGGACACUUGGUAGCUCCAAGGGAAGGGCACACACACACACAGAGAGAGAGAGAGAGAGAGAGACCGCCAGCCCAAUAUAACAGGCACUACUGCCAGAGACAUGGGCAGAAGAAUCUCCACGAUAGCACCUUUUUCUCCACUGAUUCCCAAACUUUCUGCUGAAACAAAAAUAAUAAUUGUCCAUUGCUAGGAAGGAAGGAAUUGGUGUUGGAGCCACUGAAGCCAAACGGCCAUUUUCUAACCCAACACACGCUUGUGAAAGAUCUUUUUACAAAUAGAGUUGCAAAGAAAUGGCUUGCACUUCUGGUUCUAUUUUUGAAACCCAUUGUUUCAAACUCCUUACCCAGGAGGGAAACCCUUUAGAUCCUUUUUAUGCACCAAGUCUUGUAUCUGUCUCUAAAAAGUCCCCCCCCCAAAAAAAAACAUAUUGGGGGUUCAAAAAGUGAUGGACGAACUCUCCUUGGCAUGAUUUGAAACCAGCUUUUAGCAAGUGUUUUGGAAAAGCUCACAAUUUUUCCUAACAAGAAUCCUCUCAAGGUUCAUAAUGGUGGAAAGUGUGCACUGAUAAUGCACAGACAUAUGCAUUAUUAUAUUGCCUUCCUGGGGGGGGUUUGAUUCAUUUCACCUGCCCUGUACCUAGACUACAGCACCAGAGAGCUGCUUGGAAAUUGAUACCCACACUCCAAAAAACCAAAAUCUUCCUGGGAACUAGAGAUGGUUUUAAUUCUAGACAAGGGAAUAGCAUCAAAAAACAUUUGCAAGAAACAAUCAGGAAAAUUGACCCAGGUAGAUAGGACAUCCACCAGGCAAAAGGUUGCUUGGUUGGGUGGCCCCGGUCACACAAAUUACAGCAAUCAACUAGAGUCUCAUCACAAAUAAGCACACAGCAGCUAGCUUUCAGUGCUUUGUCUGCUGACCCCACAUGCUCAGAACGAUAUUUAACAUUCUGAGCUGGAGAAGAGCGUCUCAGAGAAAAUGACACUUGAUUCAUAUUAUAACUCUGCACUGCAAGCUAAACAAAUUCGUUUACUGAAUAAGGUAAUAACUGAUUUCAGCAACCUCACUACUUCAAAUCCACCAUUUAGAAAUGACUGAUCUGGUCUAUGCUCUGUUUCCAUCCUAUCUCCCAGCUCUCUCUUGGAGACUUAUCUACUACCAUGCAAAAAGAGUAUCUCAAACAUAGUGAGAGGAGAAGGUGUUGAGACUCUGGGUGCUUCUAAAUAGAAGGCUCCUUGCACUACCAAUCAAAAGACAUUGUGCAGCUUUUCCAUCUUUCUCUCCUUAAUGGGUUUUAUGUGGUAAGAAAAAAAGAUGGAUGAAGCAAUGAGAAAACACAGGAGAGUUGCCAAUGGAAGACAACACCUGGGAAAACCCCCCCCCCCCCGUAAAUUCCUUGAAUGAGGAAUAAAAGCCUCAUCCAGAAGCACUCUCCAUGCCCACAUACCUCUUCUGGUUUAGUAGUUUUUCCAACAAUUUCUCCUGCCCUGUCUUCAGUGCUGGCAACAUCCUCAUCCUUGCUCUCCUCUUCCAGUAACUUAAGCUCUGACAGUUCAAGAAUUUGUUGUAAAAGAGGCAGUGCCACUAUGGGAAAGAGCUUGUGAAUAGUCUCCGCUGAAGUGAGCACCUCUUUGGUCUCAGCAAAAUUCUCUUAAACAGUUGCUGGAGGCAUAAUCUCUGCAUGCAACGAGUUGCUAAAUUAUCCUCAUUAGUCUGUUUCUACAUCCUGGGCACUAAUCCUGCAGAAUUACCUGUCAACUUCCUGCAGUGCCUGUUGGGAGAAGUCCUGUUUUUCUUAACUUGUCCUGGGUACUAUUGGUUCUUUUCCUACAAGUGUUGCCUGAGAUCCUUGAGUGUAGAUACUUAGGUGGGAAUAAGCAGGACUAAGCAGAGAUGACCAUCUGUGGAGAACAAAUACCUUUUUAAAAAUACUGGUAACCUGUGCCUGGUGCUGUGAGCUACAUCUGAGAAGUACUGUGGCUCAUAUCCCACUACUGCUGUGAUAUCCUUUUACAUGUGAUUAGUUAAUCUGGAAUAGCAAUUAUCAGCUGGUUCUUUGCUCAGUUACUAAUGUUGAUUAGAAACUCCAGUGCGUCCAUAAACAUACAUUGAAAGAA